AGAGUGAAAGAGAGAGCCCCAAAUAUCAGCUUUUAUUAUAGUCAAGACAUGGGCAUAUGUUUUUUGUUUCAUAAGGUUAGAAAAAUUUAGCAUGGGAGAGAGAGAGAGAGAGAGAGAGAGAGAGAUUUAAACAUGUUGGGGAGUUGGAGUGAAUGAAGAGAGUGUAAACACAAGUGGUAGGAGGAGAGAAACAUUAAUAUAAUUUCGUGUGCUUUUUGUAAUGUCUUUCACAUUGGAGAAGAGUACUACUGAAGAAAUGGUGUUCUCAGUGGAGUCUCAAAAGCCAGUGCCGGCGCCAUUUCUGAUAAAGACAUACGAGCUGGUGGAUGACCAUCGGACCGACCACAUUGUGUCUUGGGGUGAAGAUGAAACCACUUUUGUCGUGUGGAGACCUCCUGAGUUUGCUAGGGAUCUCCUCCCAAACUACUUCAAGCACAACAACUUCUCCAGCUUUGUUCGCCAGCUUAAUACCUACGGAUUUAAAAAGAUAGUCUCAGACAGAUGGGAAUUUGCAAACGAGUACUUCAGAAAAGGAGCAAAGCACUUGUUAUCCGAGAUCCACAGAAGAAAAACCCCUCAUCAGCACCAUCACCAACAAUACCACGACCAGCCAAACCAAUUUUUCCAACCAGACGAUCAUAAUGCUGGUUGGUUUGAGUCGCCAUUGCCGUCUCCGAAACCGAGCACCGACAUCCUUACAGCUCUCACAGAAGACAACCAACAACUGAGGAGAAAAAACUUCAUGCUAUUAUCUGAACUCGCCCACAUGAAGAAUCUCUACAAUGACAUUAUCUACUUCAUUCAAAACCAUGUAAAACCAGUACCCUUUCAGCAAAGAAACAGUGAUAAUAUUGCUGUUCCGAAGCAGCUUCUUAUGGAGUUGGAUUCUUCGUGCCAAGCGCAAAGUACUGUUAAUCUGGGCGUUCAAGGGGCUAAAAGCUGCAGCCUAAGCCUUGGUAAGUCGUCUUUGGUGACUUCAACUGAGGAAAAAAGUAGUACUUUCAAGCUCUUCGGAGUCCCUCUCAGUGGGAAGAAGAGAUUGUAUUCAGAAAAGUUUUCAGAUGUUUAAGCUCUUUCUUGUAGUGAUCUCCAAUCAUUUUGAAUAUUUGGAGUUAUUAGCAGAAAAAAAAAAAAAAAAAAAAAGGUUUUGUAC